AUGCAGCAAUCCAAGUUCUUACGAGCGAUUGAAGCGUUUAUUAAAUUUCAGGCUGCUAAAGGUGGCACCGCUAGAAGCUUAGCUAUUAGUGUUAAAGAUGAAGCAGAAUGUCAGUUUUCACAAAUGCGUGCCAUGAUGACAGGUAAGGUCUAUCUCACGUGA